GGGGCCGCAGCGUCUGUCAGAGAGCCGGCAGCCCCGAACGCGAAAGCUGCUGCCGAGCUGGUUCGAACGUUUUCAAGCUAUCGACAAUAAGAGCCAGACCAGACAGACGGACAGAUAGAAAACGAGAGAGCUAGCGAGAGAUAGAGAGAGAGAGAGAGAGAGAGAGAGAGAAAGAGAGAACGAGAUAGAAUCGUGAUAAUAAUAAGGAAGGAGUUUAACGGGAAGCUUGUUCAUUCGAGGAUAUCCAAAGGCACAAUUACAUUUUUUUCUAUUUUUUUUCUUCUUUUUUUUGAGAUUUGAAUAAAAUCUUCUCUCUCGUAUCUCGCGAACACAGAUUUUCUCUCUCUCCUUCCUCUGUAUAAACAUACACAUACAUAUAUAUAGACAGCAGAUAACAGCAAACAGAGAGACAGAACACGUAUUAUAAUAUACGCACGGAAUCGUGUGCAACACGAAGAGAGGAGACCCGCGUUCGCGCCACCUGACGUCUCUGCACUUCGCACCGACACCGACGGCCUGUCAAACGUCAAAAAGUAAGGAUCGAUCGAAGAAGAAGAAGAAGAAGCAGCACCAGCUGGUGCUUCUGAUUUUGAAGAAGUCUUUUCGUUUCUAAUCGUCAUCGUGGUAAUCUUUCAUAUUUUGUUUUGGAAGGAAGUACCUUCCAGGAUACAUCGGGUAACCUGGAAUUAAGGAGGAGCGAUACGUGACUGAGCUAUGAGUACAGCGGAUCCCGCUGGGGAGGGGGGAGGAGGAGGAGGAGGAGGGGGAGGGCAAUCUGCAAUAAUACCUUCCACAAAUGCUGAACAAAAUGCAACACCGAGUACACCGAUAACAAGCAGCGUAGUGCCUCCAGGAUCACAGCAGCAACAACAUCCACCACCAUCACCCUUAAGUGGGUGCUACCUACUCGUGGUGCUUCCCGAACCCCAUAUCGCACAACAUAAGGAUCUUAUUUUCAACCGUCUUGCCAAAGGUUUCCUGUCAUGGGACAAAGACAGCUGUCACGUAGAUUUGGAAAAAGAAUUGCAAGCGUUAAUAGCACAAGCUCCCGAAGGCGAGGAAGCUCGAAACGGAGAACGUUUAAUUCAAUAUGCUACGGAAAACCUUGUUACGGAGGUUUUAAUACACCCGCAAACGAAUACUUUACUGCAAUGCAUUCGAAAUCUUCUCGCAAGUUUCACGAAACAUCGACACAUCAUACACGCUGGAUAUACAUUCGGUGGAAAUGGUUCCUGGAUACUACAGGAUGGAACCUUCAGUCUUGCGGACUUUCUUGAUGCGUUCAGCGAACAUGAAGUACAAAGAGUCCUUCGUGCCUACGAGAAUAGCGUUACGGUAGAUAUUCAUUGCGCGGGUGUCGGUGAUUGGUCGACUACUCGAUUAUCCAAGGAACCAUGUACCAGAUCCUGCCGUGUUCGAGUAAAUCCAGACGAUGUAUUAACUGCUGGAGUACCAGCUAUCACGAGCUUCAUAAAUUACGUCGGACAAUAUUUAAUUGUUCAAACGUUAGACCAAUUGAUGGAACCGUCCGAUGUCGUUGGUAACAUCAGGUUCAGUCAUCCUACUUUAUACGUCUUCCCUGGCGGGCAAGGUGAUGCCGCACUAUUUGGUAUUAACGGCUUCAACAUGCUCGUCGACGGUGGUUUCGCGAGAAAAGCGUGCUUCUGGGAUUUCACCAGGCACCUGGAUCGUUUAGAUGCUGUUUUGUUAACUAGGAUAAAUAAUAGUAAUAUCGGCGGCAUGUCCAGUGUUCUUCGUAAGAAAAAGGAGAUGCACGUCUAUCCACAAAUCGGUCAUUUCUUCUGCAACCUUGUUGAAAGAAGACAAUCUCAUUCACCAGACGGCGACAAAGAUAUCGAUCCCCUAAUAUUAAAUCUGACAGAUGUCGGUCAAGAAAUAGUUGUCAAUCUUCGACACAUCAAUCUUCGUGCUCAUCCAUGCUACAGAGAUCCCGAUCCGAUAAAUUUAUAUCAUAAAGUUGGACACGGUACAUUGGAUAUGUACGUUUUAAGCCCUAACAAGGACAGCCGAGAAGUUAGAGAAUUUUUGGCAAAGUGGCAUACGUCGGACGUUAAAUUGUUCGCUGGUGCGCAUAAAAAGGAUUCGAAUAAUUUAACAUUUCCUAUUCAAAAUCUCGUCUCGAUAUGUGCUUUACUGGUUUGGCAACCAGCUAAUCCCGAAGAUAAUAUUACUAGAAUCCUAUUUCCCGGGAGUACGCCUCAACAUAAAAUAUUUGAGGGAUUCGAACGAUUAAAACAUUUGGAAUUUUUGAAACAUCCAGUUUGUUCGGCAAAGAGUCUUUCCCCGUCGACGUCGUUGGUAACCUUAAAGGACAAGCCAGUUGGUCAAAAGUUGGGCUUAUUUGAAAAGGUAUCAAAGAAAAUGAAAGAUAUCGAUGUUAAAAAAGAAAAGAAAGAAUCACCAGAAAUCAAAGGUUUAAAAGGUGUCGAUGAAAUAUCGACUAAGGGAACGACACAAUCGACACCGAUAAUACCAACAUCGAAACCAAGAAAAAUCGAGGACAAACCGAGAAAGUUGGCGGAGAAUAAGAAGAUCGACGUAGACGCGAAAGAAAAGAAAAUAGAGAAAGAGUUGAAGGAAACUAAGAAGGAACAUAAGAAAGAUAUAAUUAAACCUGAAAAAGUUGAGAAACCAGAAAAACAGGAGAAACGUGACGAGGAAAUAAGUAAAAAGGAAGUUGUCAAGGAUGAAAUAGAUAAAGUUAUUCCAACUAAAGAACCUAAAGUAAAAGCUGAGCCAAUGAGGAAACCGAAAGAACCGAAAACUGGUAAAUCGAUGAAAACCGAAGUUUCGUCUAAGGUUAAAUCGAUGGAUAAAAAGAUGAAGAUAACUAGUUCGGAGAAAAAAGAUGCUUCCAAAUCGUCCCCAACAACGCCUAAGAAAACAUUGAACGGUGUUGCGACUAAAACUGAAAUAUCAAAGACUGGAACUAUGAGAGGAAGAAUGGCAACAAAAGCAAUAUCAACGGCACCGGCAAAAAGUGCAAAGGAUGCUAACAAUCGAAAGGUCGUUGAACAAAAGAAUAUUGAGAAAUCGGUAGCGAAGGAGGCACCUGUUGCAGUUGUUAAAGUGUCGGCUAAGCCAAAGCCAAUGGAUAGAAAGCCGAUAAGUCGAAGAACAAAACCAGUUAGUCCAAGUAAAGCACGAGUACCUGGUAGUCCUGCUAAAUCAACCCGAAGUACACCUACAGCUUCGGUUAAGUCAGAUAAAGAUGGUGUUAUCAGAAAGAUGAAGGGAGAUAAGGGUACUACGGAUUCCUCAACGGUAUCUACACCGUCCGGGGUUGAACCAGAAUCAACGGCUAAACUUGUCGAAAAAAGUUUGAUCGAAAAGUCCGAAGACAUUUCAUUGGAUUCCAUCGAAAGUAAAGUAUUGGCCGAUUUGAAGGAAGAACGUGAAGUAGUAGAAGAGAUCGAGGCAGUUUUACAAAAAGCCGAGAGAAUGGAGGAGACCAGAAAGGACGAUCGUUUCGAAGGUGACGAUGAAAUAACGGCAGAAGCUACCGACAAAAAGGAAGAAGAUAUGACCGAAGAAGACGUGACAGCUGAAAUCGAGGACGCACCUAAAAAGGAAAGUUCUCGUAAGGAGAGUCAAGAAUUAACGGAAGAGGACGAAAUUUUGAUCGUCGAAAAGGAAGAGAUAUAUACAGAGGACUCGGUACAAAGUGGUGAAGGUGAACAAAAGCAUAUUUUGGAUGAAGCCGAAUCCGAGAAGACUAAAAUACUCAAAGACACUAUGGAAAUAACAAAGGAAAAAGGUGAGAAAGAGGAAUCGGAAAAGGAUAAGGUAGAAAGUCCCGAGAAAAAAGUAGAAAUUAGUGAAAAAGAGAUUCCGAUAAAGGAAGAAAAGAAAGUAGUUACGCCGGAAGAAAAAGCACUUACCACAACGGCACCAGAAAUUACACCAAAGCCGGAAGAUAAGGAUGACUCUGGUAAAAAAGAUAGCGAAGAAAUCACUAAAGAACCGUCCAGUUUGAGUCCGGACAAAUUGGAUUCUUCUGAAAAGAAAACGACCGACACUGACAUGAAACCUGAGGUGGAUCAAAAGGAACACGUUCCGGAAAAAUUAGAGGAAUCUCAGGAACGUAUAUCGACGUUGGAAUCGGGUGCCACGACAACUGCACCGACACUUCCCGAAGACGAACGUAUCCCGUUGGAUGAAAUUAAAGAAGAUAUUGAUGAGAAACACGUUAUCGAAGAGGUCAAAGAAAAAGAUGCGCCUGUUAAAGCUGAAAAAGAAAUAAUUAUUCAAGCUAUUCCAGUUGUUAGUAAACCCGAAGUCAAAGUUUUCGACGUAAGACAAGCAGUCCAAGGAUUGCAACGAGACAUUGUCAAAACUCCGGACGAAGUUGCCGAUCUUCCGGUUCACGAAGAAGUCGAUCCGAAAUUAUACCGAAUGGAUUUCGAAAAGGACAAGGAAGAAAGAGUGGUUGUAGCAACAGCAGCAGCAGCACCACCACCACCACCUACACAAGCAAUCAAAGAACCGGAACCAACACCACCGGUCAAGGAACAAAAAGGUGUUUUCAGUUUCUUCGGCAAGGUAGCUGAUAAAUUUGAAAAGGGAAUCGAUAAGUUAACGAAGAAAUCGAAAAGGGAAGCAGAAAAGGAAGAGGAUAAAUCCUCAUCGAAAUCCAGUUCCCCUAAGGAAGCUAAAGUACAGGAAAAAGGCACUUUGGAGGAGGUAGAUCUAGAAAAAAUGUUCCCAAAGGUGGGCAAAGUAGUUGAGAAGCCAGAAAUAUUCGAAAAGGUUGAGCCAGUGCCGUCUGAAGUGAAAGUAGCAACUAUCAAGGAAACUACAGCAUUUGUCGAAGAAGAAGAAUCAAAGGAAAUUAAGAGACGUAGUGUACCAGAUUUGGAAGUUAAAGUGUCCGACAAGGUCGAAGUUAUCGCGGAAAAGGCAAUCAUUUCGCCGAUCGAUAAACUCGAUGAAAAGGAAGAGAAAGAAGAAAAGGAGAAAUUCGUUAAAGAGGAAGAAGAAAUUGGGGAAGACGUUGAAGAAGUAAAGGCACUCUUAGAGGAAGCUUCGAAAAAAUUCAAAACAGUCAAGGACAGCCUUAGAGAUUCCUUGGAAUCUUUGGAAGAAAAGAUCGAAGAAGAGGAAGAUCUUUUACGUCACGAAGCAGCCCUUACCAAGGACAUCGUCAAAGACACUUUGGAAGGAGUCGUGGAAAAAUUAGAAGAAAUGAAACCACAAAUAGAAGGACUAGGUGAAAUAAAGGGAGCGGAAAAAGUUAAAUUCGAUAUUCCUAAGGACGAAGAAUUCGAAGAGGAAUACGAAGAAGAACCCGUUGGCCCGAUCAAGGACGUUAAAGAAGCAGUCCGUGAUGUUGGCGAAGUUCUCGCUGGAUCGGCAGGUAUAGUGAUCGAUGACAAACCUAAAGAUGUCGUUGAAAUCGUGAAAAAAGUUGCCGAAGUAUUAAAGAAAGACGAUUUCCUAUCCGACGAGAUAUUGUUCGAGAAACCUUCCGAGAAGGAACCUUCCCCGACCGAACGAAAGGUCUCGAUACCGAGUGACAAAUUGAUCGAACCUGAUGACAAACUAGCCAAAUUCGAAGACAAAGUGUUCAAACCAAUCGUAGAGGAUGUUCCUGUACCUGCAAGUAUCACUAGCCUUGCCGAAGAAAUUCCUAAAGAAAUCGCUAAACCAUUACCGAUUUACGAGAAACCUAUUGGUGCAAUCGAAGUUGAAGAAGAACCCUGUAAAAAAGUGAUCAAAGAUGUUGAAGAAAUAACUUCACCUAAGAAAGAUCAAAUCAAGGAUACGCAUGAUGCUAAGAAAAUCUGCGAAGAUUUGAUGAAGGAUGACGAUUAUAUUUGCGAUGAAAAGAAAGAAAUCGAGGAUUCUACUUUAGUUGACGUUACGAAGGCAGGUCUAGAAGAGAUUUGCGUGAAGGAUGUAGCCAAACGACCAUCGAUCGGUGAAGAACCGAAACAACAAGUGAUAGAAGAAUCAAUAAUUGGCUUCGAACAAAAGCUAUCACCGGCGAAAGCUGAAGUUGUUAUGGUUACACCAGAUUCAGCACCUACUUCGCCAAAAUUCACGACCGACAAAGUUUACGACGAGGAAUUGACGAAAGAAAUCGCGAAAGAAAAAUUACCAGAAUUGAUCGUUGAAAUAAAAGAUGUACUUAACAAAUCAACACCGUUGGACGAGAUCAUCGAGGAACUCGUGAUCACUAAGAAAAAGAAAAUAACUAUCGAGAUAAUCGAAUAUAUUACUGUUGUUAAACGCGUACCAAAGGAACGUGUAAUUUAUAUUAUCGAAAGGAUUAUCGUUAGGAAGAAACUUAAUCCAGAAAGUAUAAUGGAAGAUGUGAAUCUACUUAAAACAACUAUAACACCGGAAAAGAUCGUUGAAAUCGAAGAAUAUAUUAUCAACGAGUAUAUCACAAAAGGUAAAAGAAUUACCAUACAGAUAAUCGAAGAAAUUUCAAUUAGAAAAUCCGUACCCAAAAGAAUCGUCAUUGAAAUCAUCGAGGAGAUUAUUAUCAAGAGAAAGAUCACCAAAGAAAUGGUAUACGAUAUUUCUAGCGAAGAAUUACAUGAUCUUCGCGAAGAAUUAUCGCCGGAAGAUGAAAAAGUGGAUAUUAUGAAAUCCGAGGUUCUAAUAGAAAAGAGAAAAUCGAUUGGUGCAGUUAUUAGCCCAGAAGAAGAAGAGGAAGAAGAAGAAGAAGAAAAGGUUGAAAAAGAAACAAAAGAAAAGGAAGACAAAGAAAAAGACAUAUUCAAGACAAAAGAAGAGGAAGAUAAAGUUUUAACUCCCGAAAGUAUGGAAGAAGUUGAUGGUUUCGUUAGUAUUCCAUCCAAAGCAGUUUUAUUAUCAUCCAAAGAUGAACAAAUUCAAGCCCAAAUAAAGAAAGAAGAUGAUGAAGUUGAAAUAACAAAGGAACAGGAAAAAGACGUUAUGGAUGAUUUCGAAGCGGUCGAACAAGAAUACAAAGUUAAGGAUGUUGGUGUUGCGGAAAAGGUCACAUUGCAAAUUGAAAAAGAGAAAGAAGAACCCGAGGAGGAGAUGGAAGAUGACACCUCGGACGUCAUCGAGGCCGAAGAAAAGUUCGUAAAGGAGGUCAAGGAAAAAAUUGGUAAGAAGGAUAUCGAGGAUGUCGGGGUGAUGUCGAUGAAGAAAAAGGACAUCGAGAAAAUUGAAAAGGAUGAAUUGAAAAAGGUCAUCGAUGAUGCCGCAAUGGAAACGGAAACUUCUGAAGUUUCGGAAAUCGUCGAUACUACUGAAAAAUAUCUUGACGAAGCUAAAGAAAAACCUGAUGUUAAAGAUGUUAAAAAAGAAGAAAUGAAACUCGUUGAUGAAGAGAUCAAAUUAAAGGAGACUGAAAUUAAAGAAGUUGAUAAAGAACCAUCUGUUAAAGAGAAAAAGGAUGACAAGAAGAUUGAAGAUGAUUUGAUUAAGAAGGAACCGCCGUCUCGUAAGGAAAGUAUUACCGUUGUCGACGAAACUAUUCCAAGAAAGUUAUCGUUGGACGUCAAGGAGGAAGCCAAGAUUACUUUGGAAGAGAAAAAAGAAAUUGAGGAAAUUGUCAAGCCAAUUGAAUCCAAAGAAAAAGAUGAAAUUAAAAAAGAAGUAGAUAAAUUUGAGGUCAAGGUAGAAAAAGAAAAAGAAAAAGAACAAGAAAAAGAAGAAAUUGUAUCAAUCCCGACCGAAAUUAAAGCCGUACCAACGAAAGACGAGAAAAUUAUUGUCUCCGAAAAGGAGAUUAAAGAAUUGGAGAAAAAAUAUAUCGAACCGAAAGAAACAAAAUUACCGGAUACGAAAAUUAUCGAAAAAGAAAUGAAACUCGAUGAAAAAUUAGCAGACGCCACGGGUCGUGCUGUCGAACCUAAAGGAGAAGAAGAAAUUAUUGAAAAGAAAUUAGAGGAUAAAGUUGACAAAUUGGACAAAUUACCCGAGGAUGAAAAAUUAACGGACGCUACUGGUCGUGCUAUAGAACCAAAAGGUGAAAUUAUCGAUACCAAAUUGGACGAAAAAAUUGUUAAAGAUGAAAAACUUAUAGAGAAAAUUCCCGAAGAUGAAAAAUUAACCGACGCAACUGGUCGUGCGAUCGAACCAAAAACAGAGGUCAUUGAUAAAAAGUUGGACGAACGAGUUGAAAAGGAAGAAGUUACGACCGUAGAAAAAUUAGCUGACGCUACGGGACAUGCCAUUGAGCCUAAAGCAGAGAUUAUUGAUACGAAAGUAGAGAAAAAAGAAGAAAUACAAGAUGAAAAGAUUCCCAAAGAUGACAAAUUAGCGGAUGCAACUGGUCACGCGAUCGAACCAAAAGCAGAAACAAUCGAAGAUAAAAUUGAAAAGGUUGAAAAAGAAGAAGAAGUAAGCAUUCGUAAGAAAAGGAGUCUUCAAGAAGAACCAAUAACCGACAUAAGCAAAGAUUUAAAACCAUCCGAAAGCAAAGAAGAAAUAAAGCAAGUAGAAGUAGAAGAAGAAGAAGAAGAAGAAGAAGAAGUGAAAAAAUUGGAACCAUCUGAAAUUGCCGAAGAUACCGGUGUUGUUCGCAGAAUGUUGGUAACGGCAAGCAGCGAAGAUGGCGGACAAGAAAUGGACAUUUGUCCAACGGGAACGAUAACCUUUUCUAAAAUUGCAACGCCCGAUGAUUCCUUGAAGGAAGUAUCGAUUAAAACGACACCCGACAAAGAUUCUUUACUUUUGGACAAGGAUUCGAUCCAAUCGGGAAUCAGUACUCCUGAGAAAGACAGUAUUUCAGAAAAAUUACCAGCCGAAAUUAAAGAUACCGGGAAAAUCACUCCUGAAGAUAGUUUGGACAAAUCUCUAAUCGAUACACGUGAUUCCCAAGAUUUAGAAGACAGUCUAGAGAAACUAGACGUCAAAGUAAAGAGUGUUGAAAGUGUAUCACCUAGCCCCGAAGUUGAAAAGUUUAAAGAGUUCGAGAAAAAAGAAGAAAUCGUGUCUCCAGUCAAAGAUGAGAUCAAAGAAAUCAGCAAAGCAGAGUCUCCAAAAGAAGAAAAAGAAGUCAAAGAAGCUAUUAGCAAAGCUGCAAGUCCAGAAAAAGAAGUUGGCAAAGUACCACCCUCACCUUUAGACUUAUCCGAAGAAGAAAUUUCGAAAAUAAGAACACCUACCACUACACCGAUCGAAGAUAAACACGAAAAGAUACCAGAAGUUUCCAAGCCAUUGGAAAUUAGUCGUUCCGAAGAUGUUUCACCGACCGAAACGAUAUUCGCGAAAUCACCUAUCGAGAAAAUUGAUUCUCAAGUUCCUACAGAUAUUUCGUUGAUAGAAAAGAAAGAGACUGAAAUUUUGAAGGAAGAUAAGGAGGAAAAAAUAGUCAAAGAAAAAUCAAAAUCACCGAGUCCUAGCGUAGAAACUGUUGCCGAUGAGAAGAUUCUAAGAAAACCAUUUGAAGAAGAUAAACCUAUUACUGCCGUUGUAAGUGCAAAAGAUAUCGAAGAAAGUAUCGUAGAUAAAGAUAAAUCUUUAAAAUUAGAAGAAAUGAAGAAAGAUAAAAUCGAGAAACCUGUUGAUAAGGAACAACUCGAUAAAAUUGUAAGUGAAAAAUUAGAAAAAGAGGAAGAAGAAACGUUACUCGUUGAAAAAUCAAGAUCACCUAGCGUCGCUAGCGAGGAAGCAGAAAAAAUCGAUCACGUCGAAAAACCAAGAUCACUUAGUAUAGUUAGUGAUAAAACGAUAGAAGAAAAGGAAAUAAUUAAAAAAGAAGAAUUAGACAAAAUUGAGAAGGAUGUAUCAAUCGAUAAAUCAAAAUCACCGAGCAUCGUUGACGAUAAAUCGAAGGAGGAAUCCAAAUCGCGAAGUUUAACUCCGUCAGAGAAGAUCGAUGAAAAAGUAUCAUUAACCGAUAAAUCGAGAUCCCCGAGUGUUGUGAGCGAUAAGAUGGAAGAAAUUGAACGCGAAAAGUCUAAAUCACCGAGCAGCGAAAAAGAAUUAACUGCUGCUGACAGAUCUAGAUCGGCAAGUGUCGUUAGCGAGAUUCAGGAUACGAAAAAAGUUGAGGAAGUUAAAUUACCCGAAGAAAAACCUGAAGAAAAGAUCGUUAAGGAAUCGAUUCCUGAAUUAAAACCAACAGUGACAGCAGCACCACCUAGCGAGAAAAUAAAAGAUACGAAAGAAUUAAUCUUAGAAACAGAAAAAAUUGAGGUUAAGAAAGAGCCCUCUCCUCCUAGCGAAGAAAUACCAAUCGACAAAUCAAGAUCACCUAGUAUCGCUGAAAGUUUGGAGAAACCUUCGGUAAUCGAAAGAAAAUUAAGCGAAGUAACUAAACCACCGGUUACCGUGGAAGAUAAGGAAGAAAUUAAAAUUACCGAUAAAUCAAGAUCGGUAAGCGUUGAGAGUACAAUCGAUAUAUCCAAAUCACCAAGCGUUACUGAAAAAUUAGAUGACGAGAUCAAAGUAAGUAAAUCACCUAGCAUAACCAGUGAAAAAUCUGAAGAGAAAUUACCAAGCGAGUUAGAAAAAUCACCAACCGUUUCUGACGACAAAUUGGAGACCAAGGAAAUCGGUGAAAAACUCGUUGAAAAAGAAAAAUCCCUUAGUCCCGUAAGUGUUGCCGACAGUAAAUCCAAAUCUCCGAGUAUUACAGACGAAAAAAUAAGUUUAGCAGGUGUUACGAUCGAAUCAAAGGUAGAGGAAUCGAUUGUAAGAGAAAAAUCACCAAGUAUUGUAAGUGAUACUGAAGAACUAAAAGACGUCAAAAUUCCUACAAAAACAGAAGAAAUUACUACGAAAAGUAAAUCACCGAGUAUAUCUCCAACUAUCGCCGAAACAAAAUUGGAUUUCAAAGAUACCGAAGAACCGAUUACGAAAUCGAAAUCACCGAGUAUCACUAGUGAUAAGGUAGAUCUACAAGAUGUAAUUACUGAACGACCAAUCGACAAGGAUCGUUCCGGAAGUGUCGUAAGUACAACUAGUGAAAUUAAAGAACCAUCGGAGAAAUCGAAAUCUCCAAGUAUUUCUAGUGAAAAACCUGACCUCGAAGAAGUAGAUGACUUGAGUAUACGAAAAGAAUCAAUCACUAAAAGAGAAUCAAUUAGUAUUGGCGUUGAUCAAAAACCAACUGUUGAUUUAGAAAAAUCUAUUGAUGUUUCGGAAAAAGUCGAGAUCGAUAGAAGUAAAUCACCAAGUGUUGCCAGUGAUAAAUCUGAUGAAAAGAAACCGGAUGAGAAAGGUAUCGAGCGUGAACAUUACGAAGAUGCAAUCGAUAAGUCUCGUUCACCAAGCUUCACUGAAGAUAAGAGUCUUAGCAAGGAAAGCAUCGAAACUACGUCUCCUAGCACUACGAUAGAAAAAUUAGAUCAUGUAAAGGAAAAGGAUGACUUGAAAUCGCCCGUCAAGUCUGAAGAUUUCCAUACACCUGACAAAACUAUUGAAGAAAAAUUGCUGGAAGAUCGUUCAAGGACACCGAGUGUCGUGGACGUUAAACUUGACGAUAAGUCCAGGUCGGCAAGUAUAGUUAGCGAAGUAUGGGUUAAAGAAGUUAUUGAUAAGAUCGAAAAAGAACCUUCACCGGUUGAAAAGGAAAAGUCACGUUCACCGGAAACUGUCAAAAAAGAAAAAUCACCUUCCCCGGAAGUAGAAGAAUCAAGAAAGUCUGCUUCACCGGAAAUAGAAACAGAAAAAUUACCGAUGACAGAAGCAAAGACAGAAAAAUUACCAUCCCCGUCAAAAGAAAAAUCGUUAUCUCUAACAUUAGAAACGAAGAAGGAGAAGUUGCCAUCACCUGAAAUACAAAAAGAAAAGUCACCUACACCGGAAAUACAAAAAGAUAAAUCACCUUCGAUAGAAAAAGAGAAGGAGAAAUCACCAGAAGCAGAAAUACCAAAAGAAAAAUCACCAAUACCAGAAAUACAAAAGGAAAAAUCACCGACACCCGAAUUACAAAAGGAAAAAUCACCGACACCCGAAUUACAAAAGGAAAAAUCACCAACACCAGAAUUACAAAAGGAAAAAUCACCAAUACCGGAAUUACAAAAAGAAAAAUCACCAACGAUAGAAGCAGAAAAAGAGAAAUCACCAUCACCUGAGAUACAAAAAGAAAAGUCACCAGCGUUAGAAGCAGAUAAAGAAAAAUCACCAACACCAGAGUUACAAAAAGAAAAAUCACCUACGAUAGAAGGUGAUAAGGAAAAAUCACCAACGCCGAAAUUAGAAAAAGAAAAGUCACCCGCGUUAGAACCUGAAAAAGAGAAAUCGCCAUCGCCUGAGAUACAAAAAGAAAAGUCACCUACACCUGAAAUACAAAAAGAUAAAACACCUUCGAUAGAAAAAGAGAAGGAGAAAUCACCAGUAGCAGAAAUACAAAAAGAAAAAUCACCGUCACCCGAAGUACAAAAAGAAAAAUCUCCAACGCCCGAAAAACAAGAAGAAAAGGCACCUGAAUUAGCACUAAUGGGUAAAGAAAAAUCACCAACACCAGAAUUACAAAAAGAAAAAUCGCCUACGAUAGAACAUGAGAAGGAGAAAUCGCCAUCGCCUGAACUCCAAAAAGAAAAAGCACCUUCGUUAGAAACUAAAAAGGAGAAAUCGCCUUCACCCGAAGUACAAAAAGACAAAUCGCCAACUCCGGAAAUACAAAAAGAAAAGUCACCUACGAUAGAAACUAAAAAGGAGAAAUCACCAUCACCUGAAAUACAAAAAGAAAAGUCACCCACGAUAGAAGCAGAAAAAGAGAAAUCACCAUCACCUGAGAUACAAAAAGAAAAGUCACCAGCGUUAGAAGCAGAUAAAGAAAAAUCACCAACACCAGAGUUACAAAAAGAAAAAUCACCUACGAUAGAAGGUGAUAAGGAAAAAUCACCAACGCCGAAAUUAGAAAAAGAAAAGUCACCCGCGUUAGAACCUGAAAAAGAGAAAUCGCCAUCGCCUGAGAUACAAAAAGAAAAGUCACCUACACCUGAAAUACAAAAAGAUAAAACACCUUCGAUAGAAAAAGAGAAGGAGAAAUCACCAGUAGCAGAAAUACAAAAAGAAAAAUCACCGUCACCCGAAGUACAAAAAGAAAAAUCUCCAACGCCCGAAAAACAAGAAGAAAAGGCACCUGAAUUAGCACUAAUGGGUAAAGAAAAAUCACCAACACCAGAAUUACAAAAAGAAAAAUCGCCUACGAUAGAACAUGAGAAGGAGAAAUCGCCAUCGCCUGAACUCCAAAAAGAAAAAGCACCUUCGUUAGAAACUAAAAAGGAGAAAUCGCCUUCACCCGAAGUACAAAAAGACAAAUCGCCAACUCCGGAAAUACAAAAAGAAAAGUCACCUACGAUAGAAACUAAAAAGGAGAAAUCACCAUCACCUGAAAUACAAAAAGAAAAGUCACCCACGAUAGAAGCUAAAAAAGAGAAGUCUCCAUCGCCAGAAUUACAAAAAGAAAAGUCUCCUGCGUUAGAGACUGAUAAAGAAAAAUCACCAUCACUUGAAUUACAAAAAGAAAAGUCACCUACGAUAGAAGCAAAAGAGGAGAAGUCACCAUCACCUGAAAUACAAAAAGAAAAGUCACCCACGAUAGAAGCUAAAAAAGAGAAGUCUCCAUCUCCUGAAUUACAAAAAGAAAAGUCUCCAGUGUUAGAAUCUUCGCCAGAAUUACAAAAAGAAAAGUCUCCCGCGUUAGAGACUGAUAAGGAAAAAUCACCAUCACCUGAAUUACAAAAAGAAAAGUCACCUACGAUAGAAGCAAAAAAGGAGAAGUCACCAACUCCGGAAAUGAAAGCUAAAUCACCUACGCCAGAAUUACCAAAAGAAAAAUCACCUGCGUUAGAAGCUGAAAAAGAGAAAUCGCCAUCACCUGAGAUACAAAAAGAAAAAUCACCUCCGUUAGAGACUGAUAAGGAAAAAUCACCAUCACCUGAAUUACAAAAAGAAAAGUCACCUACGAUAGAAGCUAAAAAGGAGAAGUCUCCAUCACCGGAAUUACNAAAAGAAAAGUCUCCUUCGUUAGAGACGGAUAAGGAAAAAUCACCAUCACCUGAAUUACAAAAAGAAAAGUCUCCUGCGUUAGAACCUGAAAAGAAGAAAUCACCAUCACCUGAAUUGCAAAAAGAGAAAUCGCCAUCACCUGAAUUACGAAAAGAAAAAUCGUUAACUCCUGAAAUACAAAAAGAAAAGUCACUUUCUUUAGAAUUGGAAAAGGACAAAGCUCUAGUACCAGAGACUGAAAAACAAAAGUCCCCUACACCAGAGGAAAAGAAAGAAAAAUCUCCCACGCUCGUAACUGACAAAGAUAAAAUUUCUGUAUCAGAGACAGAGAAGAAAGAGUUACUUUCUCCAGAAUCUGAAAAGGAAAUACCUAUGAAAGAUAAAUCUCCAAUGCUAGAAUCGCAAAAAGACAAAUCGCCUUCGUUGGAGAAAGAAAAAGAAAAAGAAAAAUCUCCUUCUUCCGAAUUACAAAAAGAUAAAUCUAUUUCACCAGAAUUAGAAAAGGAAAAGUCACCUGUUCUAAAGGAAGAAAAACCAAAAGUUCCUACUUUAGAAGUACAAAAAGAAAAAUCACCUACACCAGCACUGGAAAAAGAAAAAUCAGCAUCCCCAGUAGAAGAAAAAGAAAAAUCUGUAUCUCCAGUUGGCGAAAAAGAAAAAUCCCCAGAAAAGGAAACAGAUAAAUCAAAAUCUCUAUCGCCAGAAAAAAAGAAGGAAAAAUCUCCAGAAAAAGAAAUAGAUAAAUCAAAGUCUCUUUCACCAGAGAUGGAAAAAGAAAAAUCUCCAGUACCACAAGUUGAGAAAGAGAAGUCGCCGUUACCUGCAACAGAGAAAGAAAAAUCACCUUCGCCAGUAGCGGAAGAAAUAAGAUCAUCUCCGUUAGAAAAAGAAAAGGCAAAAUCUGAGUCACCAGUAUCGGAGAAAGAAAAGUCAAUUGAAGCAGAAAUAAGGAAAGACGAAAUUAGUGCUGUUGAAACAGAACAACAAAAAUUGCGUUCACCAGUAUCUGAAAAGGAGAAAUCACCUGAAUUAGCAGAAGGAAAACAGAAAUCGCCUUCUCCANUAGCAGAAAAGGAAAAAUUAUUAGUAGCUGAAGUUGAAAAACAAAAGUCGCCUUCGCCAGUACCAGAAAAGGAAAAAUCACCAUCUCCAGCACUGAAGAAAGAAAAAUCUGCAUCACCAGAGAUUGAGAAACCGAAAUCACCAUCGCCAAUGCUAGAAAAAGAAAAAUCUACUUCACCAGUGUUACAAAAAGAUAAAUCCCUUCUAACAGACACAGAAAAAUCACAUUUGCCGGAGAGUGCGAAGCCUACUCCGGAAAGUAUGAGAAGAGAAAGAUCCCCUACUCCAGAGGAUGGAAAAUUGCGUAAAUCAAUUUCACCUGAUGCGGAUGAUUCGAUCAAAUCGCCGACUGGUAGUGUGAAAGAAGAAAAAGACGAUAUUGACGAAAACAUUCCAAAAGACAGAUCACGAUCUCAUAGUUUGUUCGAAUCUGGUGACAAAACACCAUUGACUCGUUCUCGUGCUGCAAGUUUGUACGAAGACAAGAUACCAGACAAAUUGAAUCUUCAGGAAGAUGCAAAAACUACUUACGACGAAAAAGAAAAGAAAACACCAUUAGAUGAAGAAGAAGAAGAAGAAGAAGAAGAAGAAUAUUUGAUGGAAAAGGAUAGACGAAAGAGUGGCAAAAUUGGUAUUACCAGUUCGAUUCACGAAGAAUUCGAAGAAGUUUAUUCGAGAAAAGUUAGUCAAACUAAAGAUACUGAUAGUAAACAAAUUAUUAAAGACGAGAAAUUUGAAGACGAAGGAGACUCUGUCAUUAAAGUGACUGCCGAAAAGAAAGCAGACAUCGAAAGGUAUCUCGUCGAUGAAUUUUUAAGCAAGAAACAAAAAAUAACGAUGUCAGCGAUCGAAAUAAUCGUCUUAUCUUACGCUGUACCAGAAUUUACAGUAAUGGACAUUAUAGAAGAUAUAUUGAAACGUAAAAAUCUUCGUAAGGAAUCGGUAUUGGACUUUGUCGAUGAAGAUGCCGAUGAAAAAUCUUUUGAAAAGUCUAAGUCAAAAGGAACGGAAAUAAAAAUGGUAUCUACCGAAAAGAUCAGAGACGUUGAAAAUUAUAUAAUCAACGAAUACAUCGAUAAAAAUAAAAAGAUCACUAGUACUAUCCUAGACGAGAUAGCAAUAUUAAAAGGUAUUCCACGAAAAAUCCUCAUCAUGAUAAUCCAAGAGGUAACCGUCAGAAAAAAGAUUCCAAGUGGUUUCAUCAUGGAUACAGAAGUUUUGCAAGAAUCGUUAAGGAAAACGUGGGAAGAUGAAGGAUUAGCCAAGAUGAAAGAAAAAGAUGAAGAACACGACAAGAGUGGACGUGAUUCGAAGAGUCCAAGUUUGAGUUCGGAACCAAUACCUUCGGACAAGUCCACUCAGGAUAGUCCGCUUCAUUCUGAACCACAGAUCGACGAAGAAAUCACUAUUUCCGAUGAGAAACGUACGGAAAUCGAACAACUUCUUGAAAAUGAAUAUAUAAAGAAGGGACGAAAAAUUACCGAAAUCAUUUUGGAGGAAAUAAUCAUUAGGACUUCAUUACCGCGAUAUAUUAUUCUCGAGAUAAUCGAAGAAAUAAUUAUUAAAAGAAAAUUAAUACGCGAAUCAAUAAUCGACGUUGACAUUUAUCAAGAAGACGAACCUGAAAGUUUUGGUAAAUUCGAAUAUCGAUAUGAAAAAUCGUCAGAACUUGGAUUAACCGAUUCGGAUAGAAAAAUGUCUGGCGAAUACAGAUUAAGUGGAUACACUGAAUCAACUGGUAGACAAAUGGACAAAUCUAUUCCAAGUGGUUAUCCGUUAGAAUACGAGAGUCAAUUCCACAAAGCUUUCGUUGGCGGAAUGACGGAAAUUCGUACGACACAUAUAACAACGUUGUCCGGGAAAUCAACUCCUGAUUUUGCCACUCGUGACGGUACACCUGAUUCAACUUCCGAACCAACUGGUUCUACCGUUGAAAGAAUAACCGAUAAGGGAAUGAGAUCGGUUGAACGAGUAUCACCCGACAAACAACAAACGAUGAUUUCUAAGGGCGAGAUAACUAUACAAAAAGUUGAAAUAUUGAAGGAAAGUAGAAUCGGCGAACAGGUAAUUCCCCCUGAGAAAAAAGAUGAACGAGAAGAAGAAGAAGAAGAAGAAGAAGAAGAUGUACGUGUUAUCAGAAAAAUAAUCAAACGUGAAAUUGUCGAACACGAGGAGGAGGAGGAGGAGCCGGAAAUUGUGACCAAGGUUAUCACGAAAAGAGAAAUAAUCGAACCAGAAGAAUCAGAAGUUACCGAAGAAAUGUCUACGAAAGAAACUGUAACGAGGAAGAUCGUGAAACGUGACGUUACCGAAGACGAAAGUGAAUCAGAAAUGAUAACUAAAAUAAUUAGAAGAGAAAUAAUCGAGGAAGACGAACCCGAAAUAAUAACUAAAAUAGUUAAAAGAGAAAUAAUCGAGGAAGACGAGCCCGAAAUAAUAACCAAAGUAAUUAAAAGAGAGAUCAUUGUUCCAGAAGAGAAAACAUCUGAUAUUCAAGAUCACGAGAUUGUUAAAAGGGUAAUUAGCAGGGAAGAAACACCAGAAUCGGUUGAAACCAUAACAACUAAGACAACGCGAACUAUCGUUACCGAGGAUCUUCCAACGUCAAAGAUAUCAACUUCCGAUCUAGAAAAACCAGAACUUUAUACUUAUACGAUAUCACGCGAGGGUACACCAGAAAAGAUCGAUACGUCUGGCUCAAGUGCUACCUAUAAAGUAAUCAGUCGUGAUGUUACGCCGGAAGUUUCGAAAAGUGCUGAAGUUAAGAGAAUCGUAACAACGGUUACGACGAUUACCGAACCUGAUGGUAAAACUAUCACGAAGAAAGACGUCAAAGAAAGUAGCGAUACCGUUGACAGCGAAGAAUUAUUGGAAAAACUCAUUGACUCUACUAUAGGUGAAAAAAUUGGCAAAGCAACGACAACGACCGAAACUAAAACUACCGAAGGUUCGAAAAUCGAAAAGGUUAUUAAAGAAACAAUAACUACGAUGACGUCUACGUCAGGUACGUCGACACCGGACGUUAAAACUUUCUACGAUUCUGGAAAAUCAACUCCCGACUCGAAAUUCGACGAGAAAUUGGAUACCACUGGUAAAGAACAUUUGGAGAAAACUGGCAAAUGGGAUUUACAUUGGGUUUCACCGUCUGUACGCGAUUUCAUAUCCGACGAGAAAAGUUAUUCGGGAAAAUCAUCACCGGAUAUAUCAUUGCCGAAGGAUAUCGUUUACAGUGGAUCUACCGGUAAAUCAACACCAGAUAUUCCAGUUUCACCGUUGGUCAGGGACGGUGCAGCUGUCCAACCACUUCUAUCGGGAAGAUCUACACCUGAUAAAAGAUCAGAAGGUCGUUCUACUACUGCGACACCUGAAGGAUUCAGAUCAGGCGAAGUUAUUCGUACUAUCAUUACCACAACUAGAACUAUGUCGGAUGAUGGUGAGAUAAUCACAACUACCAAGGAAGUUACGGAAGCUACCAAUGAGAAAGGUGAAACGAUAAUCUUGGCUGAAAAGACUGAUGUUAAAGUUGAUGAUCGUUUACCCAGCAAGGAUACCGCAGAAAUGGCGAUCAGUAGCGCUAUUGGUAGCAUGAAAAGUUCGGAAUUACAACGAACCGGAAGUGCAAGUUCUGAUGGUAGCAGUGACAAGGAUCCUCGUACCGAUCAAAGCAGCAUUCAUAGCAAAACCACGACGACUCAUGCUAUUGGUAGUAGCGAAGAAAAACAAAUGACUUAUUCCGAUGACGAAACAUCAAUGUCGCCGAUUUCUUCAACGUCACAACUCGGUUAUACUUCGAGAUCCAAACAAUACGAAAGUAGUUCUACAGAAAAAGAAACGGAUAAGCACAAACCCGUUGAAUUUUCAACCGCUGCCAUGAGCAGUAGCUUUUAUGGUGAAUUACCAGCGGUACCGCCACAAAUGACGGCAAUGAAAAUCUUCCAAGAAAGUGGUUUGCACGAGAGCAGCGAUCCGAUUCCCAUACAGGGUGAUUUUACGUUUAAAAAGUUUACCGUUGAGAAAGAAUACGCCGGUGGUUACGAGGAAAAACAUGAUACCAAGAAAUAUGUCGAUGAAGCCGAUUUAGAUUUCGAGAAGGCUUUGAUGGAACGAAAAAGAUUAAAGGAAUCGCCCGAUUUUUGUGGUAAGAUUUCACCUAGAUACACUAACGGUAAUCUUCGUGCAAAAUUAUCUCCGAAAUCUACGAAAACCGAUCUACCAUCAUCUUCGGUUACCGACGAAACUUCGGAAAGUAAAAAGGAUUCGAAAAAGGACCCAUUGGAAGGAUGGGGUACACCUUUGGGUUUACCGUCACCGAAACCACCAAGAAAGUUCAAUCUUAAAAAUCCAGUACAACAACCUCCUUCCAACGAAUUCACAUCGGACAAUCUUAAUUUUGACGUUACCAGUAAUUGGGGUGAACCAUUGAGAUUACCUUCACCUGCACCGAUAACUACCGAAGUUACAAGUAACAAGGGGGCACCGAGUACUCCGAAAAAAGAAAGGAAACAAGCGAAAAAAGUUUUAUCGGAAAAUUUGAAAAAUAAAAAACGUUCCGAGAGUCCUGGUAAAAAUGAAAAGAAAAUAAAGGAUUCCAAGAACAAGGUUCAACCGGUUUACAUGGAUCUAACUUACGUUCCUCAUCAUGGUAACUCUUAUUAUACGUCGUUAGAAUUUUUCAAGAAGAUUCGUGCGAGAUAUUACGUAUUCAGUGGUACAGAACCAAGCCGCGAAGUUUACGAUGCCUUGUUAGAGGCCAAAAAGACUUGGGAAGACAAAGAUCUUGAGGUAACAAUGAUACCAACUUACGACACUGAUACUUUGGGUUAUUGGGUUGCCGAUAACGAGGAAGCUUUGGCUGCCAAUCAUAUAGAUCUAUCACCAUCUGCAUCACGAUGCACUAUCAAUCUUCAAGAUCACGAAACAAGUUGCAGCGCCUACAGGCUCGAAUUCUAGGGAAUGGCAGCCUGCUCAGCCGUAAUAGUCGAGUUCUGAGCGGCUACCGGAUAUAUAAACGUUAAAAAUCCUUCAGUCAGAAAGUCCGGUGCUAUCCCCGCCAUAUACGAAAAAUAUAGAUAUUAAUUUUUAGGAAAGGGAAAAUAAGAAGAUUGAGAAGAAAAAGAAGAAGAAUAAUAAUAAUAAUAAGAAGAAGAAGAAGGUUGACUAGAAACAAACAAAAAUAUGUGGGUCUUCCUUAUUUAAUGUGUGUGUGUAAUUAUAUCCCGUAUCGCAAUUCCUCUGAUUAUAUUUUUUUUCCCCCGGCAUCCCGAG